AUGCAGAAAGAGAGCUUGGAUUCAGAUGUCAUUCUCAGUAUAACUGAGUAUCUCUCCAAACAUGGCUAUGAAAAAAUAGCCAAUGACCUCAAAGCAGAAGCAAAAAUCAAGGCUGGUAAUGCAGACAAAGAUGAUUGUUUUCCUCAGCCGGUCCAACCACUUCUUUCGAAUCCGCUACUCACGAAAUUCACUGGAACAAAAUUUACUCCAGGCCCUUCUGUUCUCGCCAAUCCGUUAUUUCUGUUGUUACAGAAUAUGGACUCAAGUACCGAGAAAGAUGAUGUGAUAAGUUUCUUCAAAGAAGGCGCCGGUGUUACUGUUAAACCUGAAGCUAUAACUCUCGUAGUCAAAGGACCCGAAAAGAAUACCUGCUCCUCUGUUGAAUUGCCUGGGUUUGAAGGCAUAGCAACAAAAGCAGGCCAGGUUAAGUUCGAAUCUUGGGAGCUUACAAAGAAGGCAAUGGGCUUGCAUGGCAAGUUUAUGAAAGUUCGUGGUGUUGCUAUACAACGAAGGAAUGAUGCUGGUAUGGGUCGUCAUGUUUAUAUCAGCUUAGCUGUAAACGAUCUGCGAACAGUGUGUGCUUAUGGAUUCAAGAAAAACGAGCAUGGAGCACGUGAGGCCGUGGACAGAGAAACGAUUAGAGAGAUGGUCAGUGAAGAAGAUGGCAUUGAGAUCAUCAGUAGCAUUUCUCCAGAGGACGCAAUGAUGGAAUACUAUCUGCUUCGAAUGUCUGAAAUCGUUGCAUUCAAAUUCAGACAAGAAGGAGGAAAGGUGAUCGUGCGGGGAAACUGUUCUGUUAUUCUCAGUGCGAUUUCAGGCCUCUUUGAGGAGGUGUGGGAAGACAUAACAAGUGGUGAAAGGGUCACACUGCAGUUGUUUCUUCAAGAAAUUGUGAACCAUAUCUGCGAGAGCAUUACUUCUUCCUCGUGGGCAAGCAAAAAGAAGUCUGGGAAGGCAAUUUGCAAACUAAGUGAAGUCUUAGGUGAAUCAUUAUGGCCGCACCAUAACAGAUUGCUGCAGUGCCUUGUCACUGAAAUUCCUGGACGUUUAUGGGAGGGAAAGGAUGCUCUUCUGGAUGCCCUAGGUGCUCUUUCAGUCUCUUGCCACGAGGCAAUAACUAAAGAGGAUCCAACAGCUCCCACUACCAUCCUGAGUCUUAUCUGUGCUGCAUGCAAAAAGAAACUCAAGAAAUAUCGUGAGUCAGCCUUUUCUUGUCUAGACAAGGUCAUAAUAGCUUUUGGCGAUCCAGAAUUUUUCAAUACUGUUUUCCCUAUGCUAUAUGAGAUGUGUAAGACUGCCUCUGUCAGAACGAGCUCUCAAGCUCUGUCAGCAAGUGAUGCCGUCAAAACAGGUUGUUACACGAUGAGUCCUAUACUUUGA